AUGCCACCACCGCUGGGUCCGGUCAGGUCACCCGGGAUCAGGCCACUUGGAUCAGUCUGGCACCAAGGCACCAGCCCAUCCUCGUCUCCGAUAGCAGUCGUCAUCCAGAACUCGCCCGCAACAAUUCGGAGCCUCACCUCAGGGCGAGCCGCGGCACCAGCAGACCAAGACAGCAACACCCAAGCACAAAAUGCAGGCGACGGAAGCCCAGACCUCUUUUACACCGGCAGGACGCGAGGCGAUUACAACGGACACAACACCCUGAUCGGCGACAAACCAGGCGACAGUCGAGGCACGAAACGCGGACACGAGACGCGAGAGACCGAGCCCGGCAGCGACAAAGAGCCCCGACGGAGCGGCAAACGGCUGACUACGAAGGAAGAGAUCCUGCUUUUCGAAAUCUGCAUCCGACACGCUGAUACCUUUGGGAAGCGCAGUGAGAUUUGCGACUGGUGGCGGUACUCGUGGCAUUCCGUGCGGCGGAAAGUCGAGAAUGUCACGAAGCGGCGCGAUCAAUUCCUCCGAGACACCAAGUCCAGCGCGAGCCAUAGCCAGGAGCAGAUGAAUCCGCGAUGGCGUGAAGUGCUAGAUGAAUGGCUUCCGACCUGGCGGCGCUGGGAGGAGGCUGAGGCGAAGCGCAUUGCGAAGCGGGAUGAGAUGCUCAUGCGGCGUACGUCGGCUCAUCACCAGUCUCAAGCUCAGCCUCAAGUUCAUGGGUCUGCCAAUCCCUUGGCGUUGAACGUGGACAGGCAGAGGGCUAUGGAGUCGCAGGUUGGAGGGCCUGCGUCCGCGAGUCCUGGACAUGGAGAUGAUCCUAUGCACUCCGCAGUACCGGACGCAGUGCAUGGUCCUUCCCCUAUGGCAGCUGUUCGUCAGUCUAAAUCUCCACCGCUGCUGGCCCCGUCAAAUCUAUCGGCUACCGUGAAACUGCCUCCUGGAUACGAGACUAUGUUCUCUAAUCCACAUCCCGCAACCACCAAGUACCAACCAGCACCACAAGCACCACCACGAGUUUCACCGCCAGGGCCGCUUAUGCCGCCACGUUCAGGUCAGCAUUCGGGCUUUGGUCUCUUGGAUACCUUCAACCGAAUCAGUAGCACGCCAAAGAGGGGGUUCGAUACUCUACUAGAAAACGAAAGCGCAGGGCCACGGUCCGAGCCUGAGAUUGACGCCUUAGUUCAAGCAGCCGCCGACGCUAGCGCUCAGAGCCGUUCAGAGCCAGACAUUAUCUUGCAAAGAGAACGCUCACACGAUUCUUUGUCCAUGGAUAUCGAGUUCAUUAAGGAAGAGCUGCGUCGCGAGAUCAAGACCGAAAUGCGCCGAGAAAUGGACCAGAGCUGGGCUGCUGUUAGGGAGAGAAUUGACUCGGUCCAGGAAACACAGCAGUUGAUUCUGGAGAUGCUCCGGCACAAUUCGUCCUGA